AUGGCCACGCUGCUGUACACGAUUAUCGGCAUGACGGCGAGUGCGUCGUUGAAUUGCGCGGUGCGACGGGAGAUUUCACCCUGCACCUGCUCGCCGAGCUUCUUCGGAAACAACAUCGACGUGAAGUGUGAACAAAUGGAGUCCUUCGGGCAGGUCGUCAACGCGCUGCAGGAUCGCUUCACCGAGGAUCACAACAUCUGGCUGACGAUCUCGCACUCGCAACUGCUCGAUCUCGCCUCGCUGUCCUUCUGGGAGAUGAACAUGAACAUUAAAACGCUCCGGAUAAACUUCGACAAUCUGAGUCAGCUACCGGUUUCUUCGUUCCGCAAUCUACCCCGACUCGAUCUGUUCAGUGCGGCGGACAACCUGCUCGAGGAAAUCCCACCCGACAUGUUCGAGCAGAUGCCGAAUCUCGGGACGCUGGAUUUAUCACGCAGUCGAAUUCGCUACAUCUCGAGUGAUACGUUCCGGCAUCUCCAGAACCUGCGGCAUCUUGUGAUGGGCAGCAAUCAAUUGCAACGCAUAGACACGGAUGCGCUCCCAAAAACGAUCCAUUCGCUGCAGCUCAGUAUGAAUCAACUGCAAUCGCUGAACGGAAGUAUCCGGCACCUGGACGAACUUAAGCUGCUGUUGAUCAGCGAAAAUAAUCUGACUACGUUGGCAGGCGAGUUACCGCUCGGUUCACCGAAUCUCCUCAUGAUCACCGCCCAAGACAACAAGCUGGAGCAUCUUCCGGCAGAACUCCGUUUUCUGAAGAACCUCGACAACCUCUGCGUCACUGGCAACCGGUUGCGAUCUCUGGAUGGUCUGCUGGCUCGUGCAACCCACCUCACGAAACUGCUUGCACAAAACAACCAAAUCACCGAACUGCGUUGGGACGAGUUCCUUGAAGCAGAACGUUUGGAAGAGCUCAACCUGGCCGGAAACUGGCUCGAGCAUCUGAACGGUUCGCUGCUCAACUGCAAGGGGUUGAUCAAUGCGAACUUCAGCGAGAAUCGGCUGCGUGAAUUUUCGCUACAAGAAGUUGCUGGACUUCGAAAGUUGCGCUUGAUCGAUCUGUCGCACAAUCGCAUCGAGAUGCUGACCGGUCGAAUGGAGAAUAUGAUCGAUUCGGGACUGAUCAUUUUUGAACUGCGAUUGAACAACAAUCGGCUCCGAUCGCUGGAUGGCGCUCUGAUGGGGUUGAAUAAUCUGCGCAUCCUAAACGUCGCUCACAACCAACUGCAGACGAUCACACCGAACGAUCUGAUCGGUAUGGAGGAGCUUGAGAAGCUCGAUCUGUCCUUUAAUCAGCUCAAAACGCUGGAGGAGCUGUCCAAGACGUUCCUGCCUUCGCUAGAGACACUCAACGCCUCCUACAACCAGCUGACGACAAUGCACAAGGAUUUCCACGGCCUGCCAGUCCUAUGCGUGGCCGAUCUGUCGAAAAACAUGAUCCGCGAGCUGUCUGUCGAUCUCGUAUCGAACACACGCUGCAGCAACCAUGGCGUUCCGAAUCGGUUGGAAAUUUACCUAGACGAAAACCCGGUUCUUUGCAACGAAUCGCUACCGGAGCUGAUCAACCAGAUGGAUUUCUACCACACGCGGUUGAAUGGCGUUGCGCACUGUAUCGUCCCUCAGCAGAUCCCAGUGGAGACGCCGAUUUUCAUCCAACCCCCGAUCGCCAUGUUGCAGCCUCUCCUGAAACCCCAAGCACCACUCGUACCCUCGAACGUCAUGAUCCAGAAACCCUCGAUCGUGCAAAUUCUUGUACCCACGCUCGUCGUGCCAGUUCCAGCGGUAGCACCUCCUGCAUCCUUGCCGCUACCAACAGGUGCCAUUUCAACCCCAACCAUCACUGGACCGAUCGCACCAAUCCUUCCUGCUGGUAUCCCGAUAACCCUACCCACUGUCGCACCCAUUCCCCUGCUGUUCGAAGCCUCAACUUCGGCUCCUCCACCAUCAUCGCCACCGGUUGCUUCCAAUCCGACAGGAUUCUCAGGAGCUACUGCAUCCUCGACAACCAACGGACCCGCGCUUCCGAACAGUAUCCCCCAGACGCUACUACCGGAUGUGACCGUAAACGAGGCGGACGAUGAACCGGGUGUGAGUGUGCUCACAAUCCCGCAGCAGCAACCGUACGAUGAGCUGAAGUAUGAAACCGCCCCGGAACCGGAUCCAUUCGAUCGUUCCGGAAGUGCAGCUUCCGGGCAAGGGAAUCAUGAUGACAACAACGAUAUCGCCCGAUCGGCGUCAGAUCUUGGAACCGGGGGUGAUAGUGGGCCUGCAAAUCCGGCCACAAGUACAACCUCCACCACCACGAUGCAGACGAUUCUUGAGUUUAAGAAUCUCAUCCACGACGGCAGUUAUGGGGCGUCUUCGGCGUCCAUUUCGUCGUCCGGGGCCACCGCUAUUCUGGUGCUGCCACCGGAAGUGCUGCCACUCGAUAAAGCGCAAGGUUUGGCGACGGAACCGGAAGAAGACCCACCGGAAACGCAACAGGAUCAAAGUGUGGACCUGGACGAGGACCUGCAGUGAGCUGGUGCCAUUCGGCUAAGGACACACUGGAGGAAAAUCUCGUCCUUGGGAAGUGGGUCCGUCUAAGAAAACAAAUGCGCCCAAGAACCGGUACCGGAUCUUGUUCCGCCAACGCGAGUACUCGAACGACGAUCUAGUAAGAUGCUAGGGACGCGAGAAUGUAUGUAUGUAUGUGCAAUUGCUAUGUAUGUGUGGAUGAGUGUGUGUGUCGGAUAGAGUCAGAGAGCAUGAAAAAGGGAGUGCUUGCUUGCUUCGAGGGUAUUAAGGCUUACAAAAGCAAGGAUUGUUUAGUAUAGACCGAUCAUGACUGAAAGGUUCCUCCUGGGAGAAAGGAUUGUACCAACCAAGCAUCUAGGCGAGCUUGUUGGGUAUAUGAACUUGCAUCACGAAUGGCAAACGA